AUGGCCCUAGAAGCCAUCAGGUUCAGCCGUGGCGGCGGCCUGGCGCCGGCCUCCCUGCAGCUGCUGGAGCAGAGAAAAUUGCCGCUGGAGACGGAGUGGCUGGACAUCGAUGGGCCCCAGUCCGCCUGGACCGCCAUCCGCGAUAUGACAGUGCGCGGCGCGCCGGCGAUCGCCAUUGCCGCCGCGCUGAGCCUGGCGGUCGACCUGAUCAACAGCGGCGGCGGCAGCCAGUUUCAGGGCCCCGCCGCCGCCGCAGCCUACGUCGCGCAGCAGAUGGACUUUUUGGUCACCAGCCGGCCCACCGCCGUCAACCUGAGCAUCGCGGCAGAGGCGCUCAAGAGGCUGGCGGGCGAGGAGGCGGGCCGGGCGGGGGCCACCGCCGCCAGCGUGACGGCGGCUGUGGUGGCGGCGUGCCAAGCCAUGAUGGCUGAGGAUGUUGCGGCAAACAAGGCGAUGGGGCGCCACGGCGCCGACGCCCUGCUGGCGGCAGCCCAGGAGCGCGGCCGCGCCGGCAGCGGCCGCCUGCGCGUGCUGACGCACUGCAACACCGGCAGCCUGGCCACCGCCGCCUACGGCACAGCCCUGGGCGUGAUCCGCGCCCUGCACGAGCAGGGGCGCCUGGAGCAUGCAUACUGCUGCGAGACCCGGCCAUACAACCAGGGCGCGCGGCUGACUGCGUAUGAGCUGGUGCAUGACGGCUUGCCCAGUACUCUCAUCUGUGACUCGGCUGCGGCGGCGCUGAUGGCGUCGGGCAGGGUGGAUGCCGUGGUGGUGGGCGCGGACCGCAUCGCCGCCAACGGGGACACGGCCAACAAGAUUGGCACCUACUGCCACGCGGUGGCGGCCCGCCACCACGGCAUCCCCUUCUUUGUGGCGGCACCCACCACCACACUAGACCCCCAGCUGGACACCGGCAGCCUCAUCCCCAUUGAGGAGCGGUCCCCCGAGGAGGUCACGCAUUUCAAGGGGCAGCGGGUGGCGGCGGACAUCCCUGUGUGGAACCCCAGCUUUGACGUGACGCCAGCGGAGCUGAUUGAAGGCCUCAUCACGGAGAGAGGGCUGGUGCCGCGGGCGCUCGCCGCCAGCGGCGGCUUUGCGGUACGCAGCUGGCUGGCGGCCGCCGCCGCGGCCAACGGCGUCGGCGGCGCGGCAGCCAACGGCGGCGUUUCAGGCGCCGCCGCGCCGCCGGCCAGGCCGCUGGCCACGCAGCCCGGCUACCAGGCGCUCGAUUGCGGCACGGUGGUGGAGUAUGUGGCGGCGCGGCCGCAGCUGGCCAAGCACGUGGGCAGGCCCGACACCAAGAACAGCUGGCAGGUGCGUGAGGUGGGGGACGGCAACCUCAACUUUGUGUACGUCGUGGAGGGGCCGGCGGGCUCGCUGUGCGUCAAGCAGGCGCCGCCCUUUGUGCGCGUCGUGGGCGAGUCGUGGCCGCUGACGCAGGACCGCGUGCGGAUCGAGGCGGCGGCGCUCGAGGCGGAGGCGGCGCACUGCCCGCAGCACGUGCCGGCCCUGUACUGGUUCGACCCACGCAUGUGCAUCAUCGCUAUGCAGUACCUUGCGCCGCCGCACAUCAUCGUGCGCAAGGGACUGAUUGAGGGCCGCCUCUACCCACGCCUGGCCUCCCACCUCGCCUCCUUCCUGGCCGCCACACUGUUCCACACCUCGCUGCUGGCGCUGCCCAGCGACGAGUUCAGGGCCAACAUAGGUCGCUUCACAAACGUGGAGAUGUGCCGCUUGACGGAGCAGGUGGUCUUCACAGAUCCGUACUACCCAUCGGAGCACAACCGCCACACCUCCCCGCAGCUGAACGCUGACGUGGCGGCGCUGCGUGCUGACGUGGCCGCCAGGGUGGCGGCCGCCAAGCUCAAGGCCAAGUUCACGCAGCAGCACCAGGCGCUGAUCCACGGCGACCUCCACACCGGCUCCAUCAUGGCCACAGAGGACAGCACGUAUGUUAUUGACCCGGAGUUUGCCUACUAUGGUCCCAUGGCGUUUGAUGUGGGCAAGAUCCUGGCCAACCUGCUGCUCAUGUUCUUCGCCUGCGACGGCCACGCCACGGAUGCGGAGCCCCGCAUGCAGCAGCGCCGCUGGCUGCUGGACGCGACAAAGGAGGUGUGGGAGGGCUUCAGCCGCCGCUUCUGCGAGCUCUGGCAUCAGCACGGCGCCAGGGGCGACGCCUACGCUGCUGUGCUGUUUGGCGGCGGCGCCGAGCAGGGUGAGGAGGCGCUGGCCCAGGCGCAACGCCAGUUCAUGCAGGAGCUGUGGAGGGAUGCGGUGGGGUUCCUGGGGGCCGUGGUCAUCCGUCGCCUGGUGGGCAUUGCACACGUGGCGGACAUGGACAGCAUCCCAGAUGAUGACGUGCGUGCGGUGUGCGAGCGGCGGGCGCUGCGCUUUGGUCGCAAGGCGCUUGUGGAGGCGGCGCAGGUGGGCGGCGUGGAGCAGCUGCUGCAGCUGGCAGAGGCGGUGCGGCAGGAUGGCCAGCAGCCCUUGUUCCCGCUCCCGUCGACGUGA